AUGCCUCUCAUCGCAUCAACAGGGAAACCCCGAGUCAUCCUCGGACUGAUGACAUACGGUCCCGACCCCAAAACCGGCGCGCGCAUCAGCAGUCUCGAGGAAUUCAACCAGCAUCUCGACUACCUCCAAUCGCAGGGUUAUUACGAAAUCGACACUGCGCGUGUGUAUGUCGGCGGGCAACAAGAAGCAUUCACGCGCGAAGCUCGCUGGAAAGAGCGCGGCCUCAAGAUCGCUACCAAGGUCUACCCUACAGAGGCCGGGUUGCACAAGCCCGAAACUCUUCGACGAUUAUUCGAGUUGUCGUUGAAGGAAUUGGGAACAGAGCAGGUUGAUAUAUUUUAUUUGCAUGCGCCUGAUCGAUCGGUGCCGUUCGCGGAGACUUUCGAAGAAGUCAAUAAGUUGCACAAGGAGGGCAAGUUUGUGGAAUUGGGUUUGAGUAACUAUACAGCUUUUGAAGUUGCUGAGAUUGUGACUAUUUGCAAUGAGCGAGGAUGGGUUCGUCCGACGAUCUACCAGGCCAUGUACAAUGCCAUCACACGAUCAAUCGAGACUGAGCUCGUGCACGCUCUCCGCAGAUACGGUAUGAGCAUCGUAGUCUAUAAUCCUCUUGCUGGUGGCCUCUUCUCCGGCAAAAUCAAGAGCAAAGACAUCAAGCCUGACGAAGGCCGAUUCAGCGACGUCGCCAUCUCCGGCGAACGGUAUCGCGAGCGCUACUUCAAGGACGAGACUUUCAAAGCCCUAGAACUCGUCGAGAAUGUAGCUGCCAAACACAACCUUACACUCUUGGAGAUUGCCUUCCGCUGGCUCCGACACCAUUCGGUAUUGAAGUGGGACAACGGUGGUGACGACGGUGUGAUUCUCGGUGUUAGCAGCCUGGAUCAGUUGAAGAAUAAUCUGGCGGAUCUAGAAAAGGGACCUUUGCCCCAGGAUGUUGUUGAUGCUUUGGAUCAGGCGUGGUUAUUGUGCAAGGCUACUACGGCGCCUUAUUGGCAUCUUGAGCUCAAGUACACUUAUGAUACCCAGGCGGCUCUUUUCAAGAAGUGA